AGCAGUUCCACACGUGUUACAUGAGAGCCCUCACAGAGGACGAGACCAGACAAGUGUUCGAGAAGCUGAAGAAAUUCCUUGGUUCGAAUCUCCAGCUGCUGGUCGACAGGGCCGAUGGUGAAAACUACGUCUUUAGACUCCAUAAGGACCGGGUUUUCUACAUGUCUGAGAAUCUCCUGCGUAAAGCUCAGCACAUACCGAGGAAAUGCCUGUUGUCGGCCGGUGUGUGCUUUGGCAAGUUCACACACUCUAGGAAAUUCCGACUUCACAUCACCUGUUUGGACUACCUCGCCAAGCUGGCUACGCAUAAAAUUUGGGUGAAGCCUGCUGGUGAGCAGAGUUACGUAUAUGGCAACCACGUCGUGAAGGCCCACCUCCGACGGGUGACUGAGGAUACGCCUGCUAACACUGGGGUGGUGAUACUAAAUGAACAAGAUGUGCCGCUGGGGUUUGGUGUUAGUGCGAAGAGCGUUGGCGAGUGCCGUACGGCCGGACCGGAACAGAUCGUUGUUUACCAUCAAUCGGAUAUUGGAGAGUAUCUUCGUGAAGAGGCUAACCUUGUAUAGUCGACAUAGUACCAUCAUCCUUAACGUUUCUCGACC